GAGAUCAAAGCAGUUGAGCAAGGGCUUCAACAGCACCUUCAACAGCCCUUCAACACCGUGGUCCCGGAAGAAAAUGCUCCUAUUGCCAGACCAUGUGCUGUGCAAAAUGACGGUACACCAAGCCAAACCUGGCCGAACAAACCAAACAGCAGGCCGAACAGCAAGCUUCAAGAUUGGCCGAUUGUAUUUUCAAGCCAUGAGCAACAGCAACUGGUGGCCCUUCGGCCAACGAGAGGAGAGCAGACCGCGGCCCAGGAACCAUCGCAGACAAGAACCUGGUGGCCAAGAAGUGCUUCCGCACGUGAGGGGACUGCAAGCAACUUCAGCUUGCGCUCACUGGCUGGAGGCAGCUUCAGUGUUACCGAAGCAGAAGAGGCACUGACGUCCUCUGAUGCAUUGUGCCCAUCCUUGACGCUCCGUCAAAGGAUUGUGGGCUGGCUGACCUGUUUUGGACUGGGUGUUCUUCUAGAAUUGACUGGUUUUGGACGGGGCAUCCAUGCACUCGUGGGUGGAGAAAAAGGAGCAGAGCGAUUUGCGAUCCUUUACAGCCUCGGAAACUUCUUGGCACUCGUGGGGACACUCUUCCUUGCAGGGCCAUCAAGGCAGCUUCGACGCAUGGGCCGUGAAAAGCGUUGGCUCGUGUCGCUUUGCUUUGUGUGUUCCAUGUUUCUGACUCUUCUCGUAGCUUUCUUGCCUGGACAGUGGCACGGUCGGACCCUGAUACUCCUGCUGCUGGUGCUGGUUCAAUGGGCGGCGUUGAUAUGGUACACGCUUUCCUACAUUCCUUUCGGGCAGCGGACGGCGCUAGCAGCCUUGCGUGGUUGUUGGUCUCGCUGUUUGGGCGAAUGA